UCUCCCUUUCUUGUUUCUACUCUCAACUGCAGAAAGUUUCCUCUGCUCCAUUUCCAGAGGAAGGGGAGGACAUUCAGGUUCUGCGGUUUUCGUAGAAUUACUCACUGUUCUUAAAUAUUGUGCAGAAAAGGCUGCCAUUAAAUCUUCUGUCCUCUUUGUUCCUGCACCCAAAAUAAAUUCAAAAUCUUCUCUCUUCCUCUUCUUUGACUCUAAAAGUCCAACCAAGCCUCCCAAAAUUCAAGCCCUCAUUGUUGAAACUCAAAAAAAUUCUAGUACUACAUCUUCUCAUCCUUUCCACAUUCUUCACACCAUUCCAAGAACUCUUCUUGAUUCCAAAUAUUAAUUACCUCCUUCAAAGUUUCUAAUUUACUUCUUGAUUCUUGAUUCUUGAUUUUAUUGUAAGCUAGGCAGGUGGUUUGACUGUAGCGCUGAAAAAUUUCUCGAAGAGGAUGAUGUGUUCGGAGACUAGUCCUCCUCGAAUAUCAUUUUCUCAUGAUCUUGGCCAAGCAGAUAUGAUACCCAGGAGGGAUUCCUCGCUGCUGGACUUGAAUGGUGAUUUUGAGUUCAGCAUUAGCAGAAGCUUCAGGCAAGAUGAGCCUUCUUCAGCAGAUGAGCUUUUCUCCCAUGGAGUCAUCAAACCUAUACAACCGAGAGACAGGUCAUCAGUUGAGGAUGCACCAAAAGCCAGACACCUUUAUUCUCUUCCUCCUCUUCAAGGUCAGAAUCCAAAGAAAAAGACCACCAGCAAGGACAACAAUGAUAAUUCACAGUUCAUGGAUGUGAAUAGUCCUGAAGAUGUGGACCAGCAAAACACGAAGCCUCAGUCCAAGUCCUUCUGGGGGUUCAAGAGAAGCAGCAGCCUUAAUCAAGAGAACAGGAAGAGUCUACUUUGCUCAUUACCAGAGUUUUUGAGAAGAAGCAAUUCAACAGGGUCUGCCCCAAACCCAAAGAGGUCAACAAUAUACAAGGAUGCUCAUGCUCAACAGAAAAGGCAGUCCUCAUCAUCAGGUUUUAUGUCAAAGUCAUCAUCAACAUCCUCAUCUUCAUCUUCAAAUCAAUACCGAAUGCUACCGAGGCCGCCGUCAAAGAAGGGUCAUGGAGGAGCAUCAAACUACGGCAAUGGCGUUGUGUUAAAUGUACCAUCACCUCACAUUUCUAGAGGAACUGCAAAGCUCUUUUGUUUGAGUUCUUUUCUAUACCCUGAAGGAAAGGAGAAGAAGCAAAAGAAAUGACUUUGGUUUUUUCACUUGCUCCAUCUUUAACCAAAUCAUCUGAGUUCUCUGGGGUAAAUGGUAUUAUUGUAAAGAAAAGAUUGGAUAUUUGCAACAGUUGCAUUAACUAAGGAGACCCCAACAGCAACAGGUCCAAUUGGCAGUUCGGUAGCCACUGGUCAGAUUUGAUUCCUCCUCGAAUUGAUUUACUUUCUUCUCUAUGAGCAAUGAAACCUUGGCAUUUGUGUGCAUUUAGAUGAGAGACACGGUCAUUAGAUCAGUUACUACUUG